CGCUGCUCAGCCGUCUGCUUCAGACAAGAGGAACAGCUUCAGCGGCUGCUUCAGUACGUCGAGCGCACAAUAGCCACACGGACAGAACGGGAUCUCUAUACGGAUAAACGCGCCUUUGUAUCACUUGGAUUAUUACGGCUUCUUCUUUUUCUUUACUGUGAUAUACUAAUGCUGGUCGGACACGUUAUCGAUCACCAAACGCUAGCGCCAUGAGCGGGGUUCUCAAAAGGAAGUAUAAGGAGGUGGAGGAGGACCCGUGUUACUCUUCCUCUUCCCCUUCCUCGCUCUCCUCCUCUGCCUUCUCUGAGUGGGACUCGGAUGGGGAGAGCUGCUUCUCUGACACCCUGGAUUCGACCCCCAGCAACCCCAGCUCCCCAGCAACAUCCUUUAACACCACAUCUAUCCUGAAGAAGGCCAAGCGCGCACGGCGAGGAAAUGUGCAGUUUGACCAGGUUACGGUCUUCUUCUUUCCUCGCUGUCAGGGCUUCACCAGCGUGCCAAGCCGGGGAGGUUGCACCCUUGGCAUGGUGCAGAGACACAGCGCCAAGCGCUGCUACACAUUAGCGGAGUUCGCCAUAGCACAGCGCCACCUACGGCGAGAGAAAAUCAAAAACCGAUUGAAGGAGGAGAAACUGGAAGCUCUGAAGCUGAAGCUUACCCAAAAUGGUACCCAAGUGUCCGAAGAGGCAGACAGGUUGACCAUCGAUGACAUUCCAGAGGAUGAAAUUGACCUCAGCGGAGUAAACUUGGAUGACGGCUCUUUCCUGCAUCCCUACCCCUCCAAGAGAAGAUACGCCAUCCUCAAAGCCGCUGGCGUGAAGAAAAUCGAUAAAGAUGAGAAGCAUCAGCUGCAUGAGUUGCGUGCAUCAAGAGAAGACUGCGGAUGCGACUGCCAGGGCUUCUGCGAGCCGGAGAGCUGCAGCUGUAGUUUGGCUGGGAUCAAAUGUCAGAUGGACCAUUCAUCCUUCCCAUGUGGCUGCACUAAAGAUGGCUGUGGAAACACAGAAGGCCGUAUAGAGUUCAACUCCAGCCGAGUUCAGACGCACUACAUCCACACCAUCAUGAAGCUAGAGCUAGAGAAGCGUUUGCAGGAGCACACGCCAGAGAAUGAGACGCCCUCUGAAGAUCAGCCAGACUGCAGUUCCCCAAGCCACCCAGCAGAGAGCAGCACCGCGCCAGACAGACCCACGUUUCACUUCAACUCGGAGCUAAUCGCUGUGGGAGAGAACAGCUGCAGCAGCGACAUGACCGAUUCGUCUAGUUCUUCAAGCCAGAGCGAGGACUUGGAAUCCGCUGAAAAUGCUCAGAGUGAGCAGUCGCCGCUAGGUGUCGAUGAAAACGGACUUACGAGAAUCUUAAGCUUUAGCGACACAGACAACGAGGACUGUUUUGUCAGGGAGCACAACAACAACUACAACAACAACUGCGACUUCCAACUUAAAAAGAGCGAGUUAAUGGGCUACGGCAUUUUCAGCACGACAGACAACACGACGGAUAACAGCCGUACGAACAUGUCUGGGCUUUUAGACGAGAACGCUAAUCAAGCUAACGCCCUAUUCCACAGCACCUCCGUCCCCCACACACCCUCGCCCUCCAUCGAUCACUCGGCCAGCUACAUGGACCUGAGCCUGUCAUCCGAAUCAGACCUGGAGUUCUUUGACAGCUUUCCUUGUCUUGGACCGAGCUCGUUGUACAACUCUUUAAAGGAGUACGAACACAUGGACACCUUCUUUCAGUUCCAGCUGCCUACUUACCCCAGCCUUCCACAGGCCGCCGACCCAGGCACAUGUCUCCUGGAGUCUCUGAUCGGCCUGUCGGAUUCUGUCCCAGAACCCCCGGCCACCUUCACGGACAAUCAGAUGCUAGAAGAUGCCAUGAAGCUGUCAGUGAUGGAGUCUGUAAAAGUCUAGCAGAGGCUCGUGUAGGAUCGCUGUACAAAUGAACUAGGGGAUUGUAAAUGAAUGCUAUAUGUUUUAGUUUAUCUUUACUUUAUGAAUGGAGACCCUCCAUCCCAGGGUAUCGAUAUUUGCAUUAUCUGCCUUUAAGAUGUUAGCGAAGCAUUAAGUUAUAUUAUCAUUAUUGCCAUUGCUGUGGCAGCUAACAUUUCAGUUCAAAAACAAGUCUGGCCGACGGAUUUUUGAAUGUUUGUACAUAUGGCCAGGAAGGUGAAGAAUUUCUCACCCAUAUUGGAGGUAUUAUCAACAUUUACCAUUAUUAUUAUUUUUAUUGCUAUUAUAAGGUUAUUUAUACAAAUUCAUAAGGGGCACCAGUGGGAGUCAUAAUGCUGAUUAUGUAUCUCAGGGACUUUUUCUAGCUUUCAGAAAAGCAAUGGAUUUUGACCAUCGCUGUUAUUUUGGUUUUUUUUUUUUUUUAAUAGAAUUUUCACCAAAACAAACAGCAUUUAAACGAGCCCUUUUGAAGGGGUCUCUUUUUGGACUUGAGAUGGUGGUCUGUACUUUUUAUUUUUUUUGGCAAAGCUAGAGGAAGACUCCUGUUCCACAAAACGGCUCUUUGGGAUUUUCUAACGGUACACAAAUCCCCCCGAGACUCCUCAGUUAGCACUUUAUCUGUGAUAAAAAAAUGAACCAGUCAGAGCUCAGAUGGGUCCGCGUCAUGUCGUCCCUUCGCCUCUGAAUCGAAGUUUGUCUUCAUGCCAUUUUAUGGUGUUGGAUCAUCAGCACAAGGUGGAGAAAAGUGAACGCUUUCCUUUUAAUUUAUUCUACACGCCGCAGAUAUCUCAUAAUGUAACUGUGAUAUCUGUUGACCAUUAUUUAGAAUUGCUUUUAUUUAUUCCUAGCAAGUUAUUUAUGUUUUUUUUUCUCCGAAUGCCAGCUGAAUAUUAUCUGAGCCACACUGUGCUCGGGAGAAGUUUUGUUUCACGUUUCUCACCUACAUUAACCUGUGUGAAGCACAUCUUUCUGUUUGAGCUGUGGAGAAAAGGGCACCAACUGCAAAGUAUUUAAUAAUCUAUUCUAUUACUAUGAAGUAACACUUUAAGCUAUUUCACAUUUAGAAUUUCAGCAUUAGAACUUAAUUUAUUCAUGGCUUGGGCAAUAAAGAGAAAGGUGCGUUUAACGAAAGAAAAGUUUAGUCUUUGUGCCUGUUAACACGAGGAGCCGCUGUUUCCUGUCUAAUGAAUGAGAUGAUGCUGUAUAACCUACCUAUUGAUUAAAAAUCAGUUUCUGAUGACGUUGCCUGUGAUAUAGAGAAUUAACAUUUUGUAACUAUGUAGAUUUGAGAGAAUUCUAAUCUGUUUAUUGACAAAUUAUUUUAUUAAGAAAUGAAAUCCACCUUGUUCGUCAAGUAUCGACACAUUUGUAAUAUAUUAAUAGAGCUAAAUCUAUGCUUGAAAAACGUAUUCUGGACAGGCAUAAAGUGGGGGUUUACUUACAAUGUAACUACCCUAAACCAACUUACCAAACUCAAAUUGGGUACACACAACUGAUAACAUGAAUUGUGGAUAUAAAUUUAGUAGUUUCAAAAAUGUUUUGUUGAUAAAAACCUGCAUAUAUUAUGCAACGUGUAUCAUAUUAUGCAAAUUUGUGUUGCCCGUAUAGUUUCCACUUCACAGUGAAGAAGUUUAAGUUUGUAUGUCUCUGAAUAAGCUUUGAGGAGAUGAACUGGUGUACAUAUCUGACCAUCCAGACUUUAGCUGUCGGCGGAGAACUAUUUGAUCCGAUAGGAGCAUUUGCAUGCAAGACCCGUUCAUUUGUCUCAGUACUACAUGCAUUUAGAGCAAAAUAAAAAAUGCUUAAUCAGAAAUGUAUUUGCUUUAUUUUUGCCUUCACGUGCUGUUCUUGAAGCUAAUAGCUUCAUUAUUUGGAGUCCAUCUUAUUAUUCCCUUGUAAAGAUGCAUCACCUCAUCGCGAUGAAAAGGAAAUGAUUGGUAUUUAUUAGUCACAACUGAUGUAUGUUUUGAUCUCUGAUGCUUUACAAAGUGUUUCUUACUUCUGCCUUUUUUGUUGUAUAUAUUUUCUGCUUCUGUGAAACUAAAGACAAAACCAAGCAGUUAUUUUAUAUUAUAUAUUUUCACGCUUAACCAUUUAAAGCUGUUCAUUUCAUUCAAGUCAACUGACAGUAGUUUGUCCCUUCAAAAUAAAAGUCAAGCUUUUUCUUAUA